AUGGAGGGAGUUCAGACAGUCGCACAGGCCGUGCAGGCAGCGACGCAACAAGCAGCUCAGGCCGCCGCGUCGCCGCCCGUUCAGGCACCUCAGACGACGUCCACCUCGACCAUCGACAACCUGACCUGCCAGUGGCAAGGCUGCGGCGAACGAUGCGAGAACCCCGAAGCGCUUUAUGACCACGUGUGCGAACGCCAUGUUGGGCGUAAGAGCACCAACAACCUCAACCUCACAUGCCAAUGGGGUGCAUGUCGCACAACCACCGUCAAGCGCGAUCACAUCACCUCCCACAUUCGCGUCCACGUCCCGCUCAAGCCGCAUAAGUGUGACUUCUGCGGCAAGGCUUUCAAGCGGCCUCAGGAUCUCAAGAAGCAUGUCAAGACACACGCGGACGACAGCGUAUUGAUGAACUCGCCACAUCAAGGACAGAAUGGUCGCGCUUCGAGCAUUGGACAACAGAACGGCAAGCCCUCCUACUAUGGCGGUGCACAAGAUAAUGGCAUGAACAACCCAUAUCCAUACCAAGCUGGCAUGGUCAAUGGUGCCAAUGGAGGCUUUCACCCGCAGCCUGCGGGCAACGGCCAGUACGCUGGCUACGGAUCGGUCAGCUACCCGAACAACUCCGCAAUGGCAGACAUACAAAGCAUGGACACCCGUCGACGCGCCAUCGAGGCGCUUAAUGACUUUCUUGGCGACAUCAAGCGACGCGCCAUCGACCCCAGCAGCUAUUACGACGUUGGUCACAGACUCCAAGGCAACGCCCUCCCUCUUCCCGUCCAGUCCGGCGCCGGCUACAAUACCGGAUACAACAACAGCGGCUACACUGGAGGGGGAGGAGGCAAUUUCRCUGCUGCCUCGCUGCUCGAAUCCUUCAACCACGGAGGCAGCAUGGGAGGCGGAGGUGGAGGCCAAGGCGGCGUUGCCACCCAAGGUUACUCGCUCCCCCUCCCCAACGCGCGUACCAAGAACGACCUUCAGGACAUCGACCGCUUCCUCGAGCAGCUCCAGGCCACCGUCUACGAAACCAGCAAGGGCUACGAGAGUGGCAGCCACGCAGCUGCUGCAGGCAUUCAGCAGCCCGGGUUGCACACCCAUUUCGCCGGCGAGUUCGGAAUAGGCCACGGCGGUCAGUACCGUUCAAGUCACAGCCCACCCAAUUUCCAGAACCACCUCAGCAGCGGUGGUAUGGGCAUUGGCGCCUUGAGCACUGGCUCGAGCAUGCACAACGCCACAUCCUCUGCCUCUGCGCUUGACACCCCAGCGCUCACCCCAUCUUCCGUAUCGUCGUAUACAAGCGCAGGCCACUCACCCAUGAGCAGCCACAGCAGGGCCAGUUUUGGUAGCGGCAGUGGACACAACAUGUACCCCAGUCUGCCUGCUGUUACGGGCAUGUCUGACAUUGGCUCCAACUACCCAACCACCACUUCUGCGCCGGCUUCUGGUCUUACUUCGGGCUUCGACUUGGAGGGUCGCCGCUACAGUGGCGGCCGACUCCAGCGACAGGCACCUCAGCAAGACACCGAGAUGGCUGAAGCAGAAGAUGACGGCAGCCGUACGCCGAAGCAGUCCGAUGCUCAGCGUCCCAAGAGCAAGGGUAACAGUAGUAUUGACCCAGCUCUUCGUGGCGAAGACGGUGGCUCCGAUUCUGCGUCUACCCCAGCCGCGACGUCUGAAGUUGACGACAAGCGGCAAGAAGAAUGGGUUGAGAACAUCCGCUUGAUCGAGGCUCUCCGGAAAUGGGUUGGUGAGCGACUCAAGGUUGGUGAUUACGACAGUCAAGAUGUCGAAGGCGAAGGUCAGGCCCAUGAGGGGGCCAGCGCAAAUGUCGACAUGGACACCGACAUGAGGGCCAACGAGACUGCCAAGAUGGUUGCCGAGAAGCUCCGCGGUGCCCUCAACGAGGCAAACAAGCAAGAGGCUGCUGCCGCCGCUGCUUCUGCAGGUGGCGAAGUCCAGUACCCAAGCUUAUCGUCUGCUUGA